UUGUUUCCAAAAUGUUUCCAUGUGAUGAUGAUAAUAAUACAAAACAGCUGAAAAAUUUUUAUAAAAAUAUAGAUCAAAUUUCAAUUGAAACAAUAACAUCAUAUUUACCAAUCAUGCGUGCAACUUGUUCAUCAUCAUCAUCAUCAUCAUCGAAAUCAAUGAAUUCAGGACAGAAUGAACAGAAUCUUAAUCAGAAUUCUGGUUAUAAUAAUAAUGAUAAUACUACCACUACUAAUAUAUUCCGUUCGCCUUUUUCAUCAUUAUUAACAAUGGAAAUUUUACGUUCAUCAUCAUCAAAUAAUAAUAAUAAUAAUAAUUACAGUAAUAAUAAUAAUGAUACCACUACAACGACUUCAACAUCGAGUACAUAUGUGACAGCUUCUUCUUCAUUUAUAAACAAAACAACAACCGCAACAACAACAGGAACAUUUUCAACAGAAUUAUCCUUAAAUGAUAAUCAACGGCAACAAGAAUUUUUAACAAUACCUCAUCAUUAUCAUCAUCAUCAUCAUCAGUCGAAUAUAAAUUCAUUAAAUAUAUUAGAUGUUUGGACAUCAAGAUUAAAUCAAUUAUUUUUACCAUCAUUAUCAAUACCAUCAAUUUCAAUAUUUACAAUUAAAUCAAUAUUACCUAGUCAUAAUAAUCAAGUGCAACAAAGAAAAUCAUCAUCAUCAUCAAUUAAUCUAAAUAGUAAUAAUAAUAAUGAAAAUACUCGGUUAUUAGUCAGACAGAAUAAUGAUUCAUUAAAAAAUAUUUCCUUAUCAAAUUCUGAACAUUUUAAUAAUAAUCAAAAGAAUUAUAAACAACAAAAUUUUUUACAACAAAAAGCAUCUACAAUAACAACAACAAACACGAAGGCCAACGAUAAUUCAGCAACAACAUUAUCAACAACAUCAAAAUCGCUGCUGUAUCCGAGCAAUCAACAACAACAACAACAACAACAAAACAGUGAUAUAUACAACAACAACAGUUGCAACGACAUUGGUGAAAAAAUACAUAAAAAAUAUUCAAACAAAAUUGAUGAUCAACAGCAAUCAUCAACAUUGGUGGUCAAUGCUGCUGAAGAAUAUGACAUUGAUCAAUCAGAACAACAACAACAACAACAACAACAACAACAUCGAUUCUAUUUUGAUGAAGUGAUUAAUGACGAAGAAGAACAAAUUGAAGAUUACGACGACGAUUCAUUUACAUCUGAAAAUUAUCUUAGCAUUUUUCAUAGUCCACAAUAUAAACAAUUAACACUGGCGGAUAAACAACGUUUAGAAAGAUUAUUUAAAGAGAUCGAUGUCGAUGGUAAUGGUGUCAUCGAUUUUAAUGAUCUUUUACAAGCUUUGGAACAGAAAGGUAUCCAAGCUACACAUGAAAAUGUUAAGCAUCUUAUAUUACGAUCGGAUAUAAAUCUUGAUGGUGAUAUUGAUUUUGCUGAAUUUGUAUCAUAUUGUUUGGAAAAUGAAAAACAAUUACAUGUUAUAUUUAAAGAUAUUGAUAUUAAUAGUGAUGGAAAACUUGAUGCUCAUGAAUUGGUUUUGGCAUUUAAACGUGCUGGUAUUACUGUUGAUGAACAGGAAGCUGUACGAUUGGUUCGCCGUAUUAAAGCCGAUUCAUCUAAUCCGAAUAAAUUUGAAUUAAAUUUUUCGGAAUUUCGUGAUUAUCUUUUAUUACAUCCAACAGAUUCUUUACAUGAUUUAAUGCGAUCAUGGCGUUUCGGAACAUUUGUCGAUUUUGGCGAAGAUGGUAUUAUGCCAGUAGAUUUCAGCGAAACCGAAAUCAAAACUGGUAUGUGGUGGAGACAUAUGUUGGCUGGUGGUGUUGCCGGUGCUGUUUCACGAACAUCUACAGCGCCUCUUGAUCGUCUUAAAGUAUUUCUACAGGUUCGCGGUGCUGAAUUCAAUGGACUGGGCGUUUGUCUCAAACAUAUGUUACAAGAAGGUGGUGUUUUAUCAUUAUGGCGUGGUAAUGGAAUCAAUGUUCUAAAAAUUGCUCCUGAAACUGCCAUGAAAUUUAUGGCUUUUGAUCAGCUAAAACGUUUGAUACAUUCAGGUGAUGCCGGUACGGAAAUAACAAUUAUGGAAAGAUUUCUAGCUGGUUCGAUUGCUGGAGCUGUUUCACAAACUGCGAUAUAUCCAAUGGAAGUUUUAAAAACACGUUUUUGUUUACGACAAACAGGUCAAUAUAGAGGAUUGUUUGAUGCAGCACAAAAAAUUUAUUCAAAUGGUGGCAUUAAAAAUUUCUAUCGUGGUUAUAUUCCCAAUCUAAUUGGUAUAAUACCAUAUGCCGGUAUUGAUCUUACAAUUUAUGAGACAUUGAAAAAAACGUAUUUAAAAAGUCAUUCAUUAGAAGAUGCACCUGUUUAUGUUUGUCUAACCUGUGGUACUGUAUCAUCAACAUUCGGUCAAAUUGCAAGCUAUCCAUUAGCAUUGAUUCGUACAAGAAUGCAAUCCGAAACUGGACAUCAUCGUAGUUCAAUGAUUGAUAUGUUUCGUACAAUAAUGCGUAAUGAAGGACCUCGUGGCCUAUAUCGAGGUAUCACUGCCAACAUAAUGAAAGUUGCACCGGCUGUAUCAAUUAGUUAUGUGGUCUAUGAAUAUACAAGACGACCAUUAGGAGCUAUUAUGAGUUGAAAAAGAAUAAAUUAUUGGAUAUCUGAA